AUGAAGCUGCUGAUCUUAUGUCUGGGGCUGACCCUAGUCUGUGCCAAUGAAAUUAAAAAUGAUUAUGUGGAAAAGAACUUUGAUCCGUCAAAGAUUAAAGGGAAGUGGUAUUCCAUUCUGUUGGCCUCUGAUGAAAAGGAAAAGAUAGAAGAAAAUGGUAGCAUGAGAGUUUUUGUGGAAUAUAUUGAUGUCUUGAAGAACUCUUCCUUAUUCUUUAAAUUCCACACCAUUGUAAAUGGCAAGUGCACUGAAAUUUUUUUGGUUUCUGAGAAAACAGACAAGGAUCGUGUAUAUGCUGUUCAGUAUGAUGGGUUCAAUAUAUUUACCGUAGCUGAUGUGGUCUAUGAUAAAUAUAUUGUUUUUUAUCUCGUGAAUGUCAACAAUGAGGAAACAUUCCAACUGGUGGAACUCUAUGGCCGAGAACCAGAUGUGAGUUCAGAAAUCAAGGAAAAGGUUGUGAAAUUUUGUGAAGAACAUGGAAUUGUUAAGGAAAACAUACUGGACCUGACCAAAGUUGAUCGCUGUCUUCAGGCCAGAGAUGGACAAGAGGCCUAA